AUUUCUACACGAUGCGUAUUCGCCUUAACGGUAUCAAGUGAACCUAGCGUGCAACCUACUGCAUUUUGUUCGACGGUAUAUUCUACCGAAAAAGAGAUCGCAGAUUAUCAACUGACUCAAAUAAUAUCUUCAACUUUGACAUUACAUUAAGCCAACAGUGAUUUGAAUUCUGUGUAAAAUAAAAUAAGAUCGACUCGUUAUACAUAACCUGUUAUAGAAUCCGCAACGCAAUGCAACGAUAUGAUGUCCAUGCUGUUGUCAAAUUAUCGUUUUUUGAUUGGAGUUCUUGUACUAAGAACUCAUAGGAAAAAUUGCAAUUACUGGCAUGCGUUAGUUAACACGUGUGACUGUCAAAUACAAUGACAUCAUGGAAUUUUAAAGACAGUCGAAAGGAAUAAUGUUUUGGCAUAUUCGAAAUUUUAUUCAGUUAAGAGAUAUUUGUUAUUUCGAUUCGAUAACUGUAUUAUUCUUGAAAAAAAUUAUACGGAAACAGUAGCACUAAAAUGUCUGCAUUAAAAUUGAGUAUGCAAGAUAAAAGGGACUUGGAUAAGUUCACUAAAUUCUUGGCAUUGAAAGCUGCACAAAUUAUAGUGCAAUCGAGAUCAGGAGAAAAGGUCAGCACAAAGUGUAAACCAAAUUCAUCUGGAACAGAUUGGUUCAAUUUAGCUAUUCACGAUGUACCAGAAGUUUUGGCUGAAGCUAAAAGAGCACUAUGUGGGGAAAUAGUUAUCUCAACUAUACCUCUGUGUAUCGAAAUCUCUUUAAGGACAGUUGAAGGUGACACAAUGGUUUUAGAAACAUGGAGCCUUCAUGUUUUACCUGAACAUAGUGAUCCUACCAUCAGAGUAACAUACACAGUAUAUAACAGAAUGGGAAUUUUAUUGAAAUCAUUAUUGUCUAUGUCAAGAGUUACUCCAGCGUAUAAGCUGAGUAGACGGCAAGGUCCAGACUCUUAUGUUAUCUGUUAUAAAAUGUAUGUAGGAGAACCACAGCUGCAUACUUUAGGUGAUAAUUACAAAAAUGUUAGAGUAGGUCAAUUGUGCACACCAGUAGGUACAAUUCAUUUAUCAGUAUCAUAUAGAACAAAGAUGACUAUUUCUCCUACUCAUACUGGUCGUGAUUCAAUAAUGGUAAAGAGUGAUCAUUUUCACUCAGAUUUAAGUCCUCGUAACACAAGAUAUCAACAGAGUGAAGAAACGUCAAAAUCUCUCAGUGAUACUAUUAAAGUGGGAGCCUUUGUAGUCAAUAAAUCUGUUACUGUUAACGAAGAGGACUUUGUUAUACCAGAUGUACCUUUUAGUUCUUUGUUAACUCCUAGACAAACUUCUCCUCCUCCUGUCACAGUCGCUGAGGCUGCAAGCACAAAGACUGCAAUUACAACUACCACUACAGACAGCGGCAAUGGAAAUCAUGAAAGACUUAUAAAUGAUAAUACAACGUCAAAAUGCAACUCGCAAAAUGGAUCUAGGAGAAGUAGUUGCUCAAUAACGAGUGCCAACGACGAUUUUAUUAUGGUAGAUUUGAAAACUCCGUUUGCUGGUACAAAUACCAAUAGUGAUUUAGGAGCAUUUUAUCGGGAAUGUCAAAGUGCACCUCAACUUCAAGCUUUUAUGGAAGAAAGAACGCUUGCUGAACAAGUAGGAGGCGACCUUACAAAACAGUUGGAAACAUUUGAAACAAACAUGCGGCGGUAUGAGGAUAUUCUGUCAUCACUAUGUCAUUCAGAAAAUAAUAACUAAUAUCAUGAUUAAUUAAUGCAAUGCUAGGUGCUUUGACAAGAAAUGUAACUAUAAAGACUACAUAUAGCAUCUUGUCAUAGAUUUAAAUAAUUUUUAUUACAAGCGAUUAAUAUCACCUUACAAAUCUAUUUCAAUGAAAUUUCAUGCUAAAUACUAUCAACGCUUAUGGUCACUUAAAAGGAUCUAGCCGGAUUUGAUAGUUAAUUUUAAUCUUAUCUGUUAGACUAAUUGUAGAGAAAAACGAAAAAUCAGUUUCUGUCCUAUUUUCUCUAUUUAAUCGCGUCUAAGAAUUCUGACAGAAGUCUGAAGCGUUUUAGGUUAUUAAGGUAUUGAUUAGGUAUUGUAUCACAUAUUAUAGACUUAUUUUCAUUUUUCCGUUGCAAAUUCCGAUUGUGAAAAAUGAAAAGCAGGAGAAAGUAUGUUUUUUGGUCUGGUAUACCAUAGUUCAAAACAAUAAAAACUAAUUUUCUGUACAGAUUAAUCCCUAAAUCCAGCUAGAGCCUUGGGGUAAAAAUAUUUGACACAAGUUAUAUCUAUACAACAUAAAAAUAAAAAUUGUUCACCGAUGUUAUUAAUGUAUGUGCAUUGGCUUUAAGUGUAUAACACGUUGAUAUUUCUUUUAUGAACAUCUGAUUAUCAAUAUAAUACAUUCAAUUAUAUGAUCAAUGAAUAUAAACUGCUUUUUAAAAUGAUUUAAAUUACUUUUUUCACAGAAUAUUUCAUUUGUAUCAUGUAUAUUUUUAAGUUCCUUGUAAAUUUGACAUAUACUUUUUAUUGAAAAAAUUAGAGUGUUCAAACCCGCACGAGUCUCGGGAUCCCGAAGUUUGGGAUGGGACGAAGAAAUUCAAGCGGGAUCGGGCGGGAUCCCGAUACGUUUUACUGCUUGAGAUCUCGAGAUCCCGAGUGUUUCGGGACUGCGCUCGUUUCACUGGCAGUUUCGGUCUCUAUGCAUGAAUACGAUAUGUAAGAAUCUACAAGCUUCGCACGUGAUCUGUUCGGGAUUCAGUUGUCAACUAUACUGAAAAUAUAAAAAGAAAACGGAACAGUAAUGACAUGAUAAGUCUUUAUGUAAACUUUAAAUAAGAAGGAUAUAAAUAAAAAAUACAAUUUUUGGAACGACAUAUGAAAAACAUAAUUAAUUUGUUUUUUAUUAAAGUUGAUGCACGUCGACACCUGCUCUUGUACAUGUAACUGUGUUACCAGCCAUAGAAAAAUAUUCGCUGGUUAUUUGGGUUGCAGAUAUCGCAAGUACAUAUUUUGCCACAUUUCGUAAUAGUGGAUACCUAUUGCCGUAACAUUUCCACCAUUCCAUAAUGUUACACUUUCUUGAUUCGGUUAUUUCGGAAAAAUACAUUAUACAUUUGUAUUAUACAUUUUACAUAUAUACAGUUGUAUAUCCCUAGCUUUGCGAGAAGUAACAGUAUCGGUUUCUUCUCUCGAAUCCAAGUUUGAAUCAAAGAACUGUGUUAUUUUUUAUUUUUUCGGAGCUGAAGAAUUAAAAAUGUAUUAAAAAUUCAUUAAUAUAAUUAAUGUAAGAUAGAAACUCAACCAUAACUGAUAUUAGUAAUUUAAAAAUGUACCAUUUUUAUUACUGGAAAUAUUUUGUGAAUUAUUAUUUUUGUUUUGUGAAUUUAGAUGAUGAAUCUUGUUGUCAAAUAUUUCUAACGCAUUAACGUCGCAAUUACAUAGCAAUGUAAAUCAAUUUUAAUAAAAAUCAAAUUGUUCUAUGUUUUUCAUAUGUCGUUCCAAAGAUUAUAUUUUUUAUUUAUAUCCUUCUGAUUUAAAGUUUACUUAAGGACACAGUGUGUGCAAACUAUUCUAUAUUAUUAUUUUCAAAUAUUAUCAAAGAAAAAGAUAUAUUAUCAAUUUCUUUUUAUAUUUUCAGUGUGUACUUGACAACUGAAUCCCGAACAUGUAGAUCGCGUGCGACCCUUGUAGAUUCGUACAUACCCUAUCCAUGCGUAGAGACCGAAACCGCCCGAGAUAUCACCCGGGAAUCGAGCGCAGUUCCGAAACACUCCCUAUCCCGCCCGAAUUUCUUCAUCCCGUCCCAAUCCCGUAACAUCGGAAUCUCGCAUACGCCUAGAAAAAAUAUGUAUAGUAAUGCCAAUUAAUGUGCAAUAUCAUCGAUGCUUAGUUAUAAUAUAUGGACUAUAAAGGAAUACUAAACUGUGAUCGAAAAAUUUGUUAUCUUUGAACUCUUGUAACUUUGAAUGAAGAAAAUCUUAAAAUAUUGUGAGCGGUUAUAUAAUGUGGAAGUUGAAACUUGAUUCUUCGAAACGAGCGUAAGCAGAACGUUGUAAGAUUUUUUCACGUAAAUUCACUAGUCUUCAGAUUUCGAUAACUUUUUAGUCAUUAUUUAGUGUUCCUUUAAUUUUGUAAAGUACUUUAUUUUGAUAUUUUAAAACUUUACCUAAUUUAUUGCUUGUAUAUAACGUAAAUUAAGCUUUAGCGUUGUAAUAUUAAUUGAUGAUUAUAAUGAAACUAUAUAACUUUUUCAUAUUUUAUUAAUUCAAUCACGUAAUAAAUGAGGCUGUGCUGCUAA